AUGAGAGCUGUCGACAUCAAGGACGGCAAGGGUCCGAAGGAGAACCUUUUCAUCAACGCCGACACCCCGAAGCCGGCACCGGGCAAUGGCGAGGCUCUCGUGAAGAUCAAGGCUUUCGGCAUCAACCGCAUGGACCAGAUCCAACGCAUGGGCAACUACCCGCUCCCGCCCCAGGCGCCCAAGACCCUCGGCGUCGAGUUCAGCGGCACGAUCGAGUCCUUUGGAGAUGGUGAGCACGGCAGUUUCAAGACUGGCGACGAGGUGUUCGGCCUUGCGUACGGCGGCGCAUAUGCCGAGUACAUUGCCGUCAACAGCAAGAUGCUGCUGCACAAGCCUGAUUUCCUCUCCUGGGAGCAGGCCGCCGGUAUCCCGGAGACCUGGAUAACGGCGACACAAGCCCUCAUUCUCGUUGGUGAGUUCUCAAAGGGCAAGUCUGUUCUCUGGCACGCCGGUGCCUCUGGCGUGUCCAUCGCUGGCAUCCAGCUCUCCAAGGACGCGGGUGCCUCCGCCGUCUAUGCAACGGCCGGCUCGAAAGAGAAGUGCGACUUCGUCGUCAAGGACAUUGGCGCCACUGCAGCUUUCAACUACAAGCAGGAGGACUGGGCCGAGAAGAUCAAGGAAGCGACCAGCGGCAAGGGCGUGGACCUCAUCGUUGACUUUGUCGGCGGCACCUACUUCCAAAAGAACCUCGACGUCGCGGCGCGGGACGCGCACAUCGUGCUGCUAGGCCUGCUCGGCGGUCCGCAGAUCGAGAACGCUAACAUCGGGCCUUUGCUGUACAAGCGCAUCAGGAUCGAGGGCAGCACCUUGCGCAGCCGGGACGUCGAGUACCAGGGCAAGCUGAGGGACCGGUUGGAAGAGUACAUUCCGCAUUUCAAGACGGGCGCGCUGCAGGUCGUCAUCGACACCGUGCUUCCCUGGGAGGAGAUCCAGCAGGCCCAUGCGUUGCUGGAGGCGAACAAGAAUUCGGGGAAGAUUAUCUGUACCAUCUCUUAA